CACUUGGAACCGGUCUCCAUAGCGACGGGGUCGGAAGAGCUUAAGGUGCAGCAAUUAUGCCAGCUGACCAUCUUCCGAGUAGAGCUAUCUUGUUUGCAAGUGAAAGGAGUGGAGUUGUGUAUCGCAUCCCCUCACUUCUCUACCUCAUUGAGCACAAAACCUUUUUAGCCUUUGCGGAGAAACGAACCUCUGCACGAGAUGUGGAUGCAAAGAUUCUGGUAAUGAGGAGAGGGAAACAAAUCAAGGGAUCAGUGAAGUGGGAGGACGAGGUACUGUUGGAGAUGGCGAGGCUGCCAGGCUAUCGGACAAUGAACCCAUGCCCGGUGUACGAGCGGAAACGUGGAGUGAUUUAUCUGUUCUUCAACUGUAUCAAGGAGGGCGUCUCUGAGGCACAGCAGAUCUGGUGGGGCAAGAAUUCUGCCAGGUUGUGCUACGUGCUGAGCCGAGACGCUGGGGUCAGCUGGAGUGGACUGACAGACUUAACGUACAGUGUCCUUGGCUCUCAAUUCUACAAGUGGGGCACGUUUGGGGUGGGGCCAGGUCACGGUGUGCAGACACAGCAAGGGAGGCUGAUAGUUCCCGCCUAUGCAUACAUAAUCCGACGAAGGUGUUGCCUGAUCCCACCUUGGUUCUUUACGCAGCCCCACUCGCUUUACUUCUACAGUGAUGAUGGCGGAGACAGCUGGAAAGUGGCAGAACCAAUACCCAAGUACCAGGGGCUGGAGUGCGAACUAGCGGAGAUCACCAUCACUGACAUCUAUCACCUGCUGUACUGCAAUGCCCGGACAAAUGGCCAUCGCAGGAUGGAGGCGUUGAGCCUGGAUUCCGGCCACUUUGAAAUUGCCCGCUUAGCCAAAGGGCUGUCAGAGACAAAGGGUGGGUGUCAGGGGAGUGUGGCGAGCUUCUAUCCCCCAAAGUCAAUUGGCAUGCCUUCUGAUAGGCGUGAUCCAUUAGUCAAGAUGUCCUGGCUCCUGUACACACACCCAACCGGUGAACGUUGCUAUUUCCUUCAUAAGCGCAAUCGGACCAAUCUGGGUGUUUACAUCAAUAUGAUGCCCCUGAAGCCUAAACAUUGGUACGGACCUUGGGUCAUCCAGACUGGGCCCAGUGGUUACUCUGACCUCAUCUACCUUGAUGAGAUGGGAACCUUUGCUUGUCUAUAUGAGUGUGGUAUGACAAAGUCCUGGGAACAAAUUGCUUUCUGUCUCUUCACCAUUGAAGACGUGAUGAAAAACAUCUUCUAAUGGUACAACCACAAUUAAGAUUCUUCCUUUGGCUUCUAUUAAUGAUCCACCUUGUCUACAAUAAUCCUCCCAGAUCCUAAGAACAGUUUAAGUGUGUGAGUGAGAAUGUGUGUUUCGAUAUGUGUGCUAGUGUUAGUGAGUGCGUGUGCAAUUGUGAGAGAGAAUAUGUGUGCACAUGAGUGUGCCUGGGUGUGUUAAUGUUUGAGUGCAUGAGAGAGUGCCCAUGUGUGUAAAUGUGUGCGUGUGAAUGGUGUAUCUGAGUGUGCAUGUGUUUGAGUGUGUGCGCCUUUGUGCAUGAUUGAGUAUGUAUGCAUGUGUGUUCAUGAUUGUGCAUAUGUGCUGUUUGUGAUUAGGCAUGUAGAUGUGUAUGUGUGUGUGUUCUUGCUCAAGUAUGAUUGUGUGUAUGAGUGCACAUAAGAACAUAUGUAUUAUGAGUAGGCCAAAACAAAAACAG